AUGGGUUAUAACAUUUUCAGAAAUGAUCGAGUAGGAAAACUUGGUGGUGGAGUCUUACUAGCUGUGAAACAAUACAUCAAAUGUCGAGAAAUACUUAACAAAACAUCAAACAAGAACGAAAUAAUUGCAGUUGAAGUUGAUACACAAUUAUUCAAGUCGAUAUUGAUAGCCUCCAUCUAUGUGCCACCAACAGCAAAGAUGGAUCUUAAUAUCUUCAAAGAAUUGUACAACAUUAAUAACAACUGCAUUAUUGUAGGUGAUCUUAAUGCAACACUACAUCACAUGGGAUCAGCCAAGGCCAAUGCAAGAGGAAGACAGUUGCAAGAAUUAUUUAAAGAAGGCCUUAUUGAAGGUGUCGAUGAUGAUAUUCCAACAUUUGAAAAGAAUGACUAUGAAGUUAAGCUUGACUGGCUUUUAGGCAGUCAGCCACUUCUAUCUUUCACAUCAAAUGUUGAAACACAUUCACCAAUUGGUACAUCAUGCGGACACAAACCAUUAACCUUCGACAUCUCUAUUGGAGCUGAACCAAAACCACUAUCUCCAAGAAUGUCAUUUAAUUUCAAAGCAGCUAAAUGGGCAAAAUUUAGAAGCAAAUUAGAUCAACAACUGAUGCUAUGGAACAAUGAUCGUCGUUUAGAUUCAGCACUAGAUAUAGAAGAAUAUACGUCGUUUAUUACUAAUUCUAUAUUAAUAGCAACACGAGAAGCUAUUCCACUGUCCAAACAAACGAAUACGAGACCUAUGAUAAGUGAAGCAUCGAAGAACUUGAUCAAAUUAAAACAUCAAGCAUAUCGAAGAUGGAAGAAGACUGGAAAUCACUUAGAUAAACAUCAAUAUUACAACUUCAAAGUCUUACUAACCAAUUCACUUAGAAAUGACAGAAAAGACAACUUAAACAAGUUAAUGUCAUCACUAUGUCAAAAGAAAAUGUAUUCGGAUAAAGUUUGGCUGACGGUUCGUAAGUUUCACAACAAACGAAUCAAACAAACUCUUUCAAGCAUCAUGAAAUACAAUAAUACAACAGCAACAUCAGAUAAGGAGAGAGCAGACCUAUUUGCCGAUUAUUUCGAAAAUGAAGUCUACUCUCUUACUGCUGAUUCGCUACCAUUUCAUGAUCAAGUUACACGCCAAACAGACAACAUCAAGAAUGGAAACAUGACCUCAUCAAAAGCAACCAAGUGGAAGCAAAUUACACCAAAAGAAGUUAAAUUUCACAUUAAACAACUUCGAAACAGCUCCACUGGUCCAGACAACAUCCACAACAGAUGUUUAAAGAAUGCUUCAGAAUUACUGAUUAAACUUUUAACCAACUUGUUCAACUUAAUUCUGAAGUACGGUUAUAUUCCAUCAAAGUGGAAAACAGCACAUAUUAUACUUCUAUUGAAACCGAAGAAGGACAAACAACAUCCGUCUAGCUAUCGGCCAAUUAGUCUCCUUAGUUGCUUAGGCAAACUACUGGAGAAAAUAAUUAAACAACGUCUAGUGCUUGAAAUUGAACGACGAAACAUUUUACCACAGCAUCAAGCUGGCUUCAGACAAGGAAAAAGCACAGUAUACAACAUCGUGCGAUUAGAACGAUAUGCUGAAGGACAACUAAGACGACCUCGUCGAAGACGUCACUCAGCUGUCAUUCUAUUUGACAUCAAAGCUGCAUUUGAUUCAGUAUGGCACGAUGGUCUGAUAUACAAACUAAAUGAUUAUCGUCUUCCUCGUUAUAUCAUUAAUUAUCUGUUGUCAUUCUUACAAAAUAGAACUGCUACAAUUGAAAUAGAAAAUGUUUUAUCUCGUCCAAUCAUUUUAAAGAGCGGUACUCCACAAGGAUCUCCGUUAUCACCAUUACUCUAUAUUAUAUAUACGGCAGAUUCGAUGAAUGGAAUACCGACCCACACAGAACAUGGGCUAUUCGCCGAUGAUACUGCUCUAUGGACAUCCGGCAACACCAUGACAAUUCUUACAUCCAGAUUACAGCAAUCCAUAGAUGCAUUUGAAAGUUGGUGCAAGUCAUGGAAAUUAAAACUGCAACCAACAAAAACAGAGCUGAUUCACUUCAGCUUACAUCCAAGAAAGAAGUACAAGCAUCCAGUGGAAGUAACUGUUGAAAACACCAUUAUUCAACCACUGAAUCACACAAGAUACUUGGGUGUAAUUAUAGACAAAGGACUAAAAUGGCGAAGUCAUCUCGAUCAUAUUGAAGCUAAGAUUGCUCCUCGGAUCGGUCUUCUUCGAUAUUUAUCGAGAAUAGCAUAUGAACCCAACAACAAGACGAUGAUAAACAUUUUCAAAUCAAUUGUACGCACAAUCAUUAUUUAUGGUUAUCCUGUUCUACUGACUACUGAUCAAAAAAUAUGGAACCGACUGCAGAUCAUGCAAAACAAAGCACUUCGAGCUGCACUAGGUCUACCAAUUUACACAUCGGUAGAAUACAUACACAAGAUCAGCAACGUCCCCAAGAUCAAGGAUUAUGCAAUUGGAUUACUUCAAAAGUCAAUUCAAACAGCAACAUCAAAUAAUGAUACUAUACUGAAAAAUUAUCUACAAGACAUAUUUAACCAAAUUUAA